CCCCAUUCCCCAAUAUGUUACCGACGUCCUGUAGUAGCUUAGCUUCUAUGUGGAAGGAUUAAAAAUAUUGUGCAUGAUGAACCAGUUCACCACAUGUAUAACCUCUUCUGCUCAUCAUUGGUUUGAUAGCACGUAGGACUUUUUUUUUUCAAAUAUCUGUAGCUCACUUACCCUUUAUCUAAAAGAAGAAAUAAAACAGUACCCCGUUGCACUCAAAAAAAUAAUUUUCACCAAAAAAUAUCACAUUUUGUUGUGCCUUAUUUGUUUAAUGAGAUCUUGUGUUUUAAUUAAUUAAGAUAUAAUAAUUGGCGCAUGUUCUUGAAAAUCUCGAUGCAGACAACAGACUCUAAUCUCUAUGCAGGUGAUGAUUCAGUUGACAUUCUUGGGAGUCCUGUUCUUAAAAAUACUACUGGGAAGUGGAGAGCCUGUUCUUUCAUUCUAGGUACUUUUUUCUGUGAACGCCUGGCCUUCUAUGGGAUUUCAACGAAUCUUGUCAGUUAUCUAAUUGAAAAACUACACAAAGGAAAUGUCUCUGCAGCAAGAAAUGUUACAACAUGGCAAGGUACGUGCUAUCUUACACCUCUAAUUGGAGCCAUCUUAGCGGACACCUACUGGGGUAGAUUUUGGACCAUUGCGGGUUUCACCACAGUUUAUCUAAUUGGAAUAGCUGCCUUAACUCUCUCAGCAUCAGUUCCAGCAUUAAAGCCUGCUGAAUGUAUAAAGUCCGUAUGCCCUUCAGCUACUCCUGCUCAGUAUGCCAUGUUCUUUUUUGGACUCUAUAUGAUUGCACUUGGGACUGGUGGGAUCAAACCAUGUAUAUGGCCUUUUGGGGCAGAUCAGUUUGAUGAUACUGAUCCUAGAGAAAGAGUAAAGAAAGGAACCUAUUUCAACUGGUUUUACUUUUCUCAAAACAUUGGUGCCAUAAUAGCAAGUACCUUAUUGGUAUGGAUUCAAGACAAGGUUGGCUGGGGUCUAGGAUUUGGAAUCCCUGCAUUGCUAAUUGCCAUUGCUCUUGCGAGUUUGUUCUCAGGUACACUCGUAUACAGAUUACAGAAGGCAGGGGGAAGCCCUUUGACAAGAAUUUGCCAAGUUUUUGUUGCAGCAUUCCAUAAGAGGAGACUGCAUGUACCAGAAGAUAGUAGCGUCCUCUAUGAAACACGAGACAAAAGCUCCACUAUUAAAGGUAGUCGCAAACUAGAGCAUAGUGACGAACUGAGGUGCCUAGACAAGGCUGCCUUGGUCUCAGAUAGUGAAACUGAAAGUGGGAAUUUCUCUAAUCCCUGGAGGCUUUGCACUGUCACACAGGUGGAGGAACUGAAGAUUUUGAGCCGCAUGUUUCCAAUCUGUGCAACUGGAAUUAUAUUUUCUGCUGUGUUUGCCCAAAUGCCAACCUUGUUUGUGGAACAAGGGAAGAUGAUGGACAAAACUCUGUGGUCUUUCACUAUUCCAGCUGCCUCUCUUUCACUUUUCAAUCACAUUAGUGUCAUUACCUUGGUACCGAUCUAUGACAGAGUGAUUGUCCCUAUGGCAAGGAAGUACACAGGGAAAGAAAGAGGCUUCUCACAAUUGCAGCGAAUGGGAAUAGGCCUUUUCAUUUCAAUUCUCUGCAUGUCUUCAGCUGCCAUAGUUGAGAUUAAGCGGCUAGAACUUGCGAGGGAGCUUGGGUUGGUUAACAAGGAAGUUGUUGUACCACUCACCAUAUUUUGGCAAGUUCCUCAGUACUUCUUGUUGGGGUCUGCAGAGGUGUUUACUUUCAUUGGGCAACAUGAGUUCUUCUACGAGCAGGCACCAGAUGCCAUGAGGAGUUUAUGCAGUGCAUUUUCUCUACUAACAAAUUCUUUAGGGAACUACCUAUGCUCUUUGGUUUUGACUAUUGUAACUUACAUAACAACAAAGGGUGGGAAGCCUGGAUGGAUCCCUGAUAACCUGAAUGAAGGACACCUUGAUUACUUCUUCUGGCUUUUGGCUGGACUUAGUUUCUUAAACGGGUUGGUGUAUAUAGUUUUUGCAAGAAAAUACAGGGAGAAGAAAACUUCUUAGAAGGCUUUUGGUUCCAUUUCUGUGUAUGUUUAUUAAUAUAUAAAGCAAAAAUCAUUUAAGGUUUCAAGUAGGACAGACAAUGGUUGUAAAUCAGUAUUCACGUGCUUAUAAUUUGAUCAUUAAU